UGCAUAGAGUGGAUAGGUCGUAUGCUAGGGAUUCGAAUUUCGGAUUAUUGGAGUUGCACGUGUCAGUGAGAAUUUCGCGUAAUUUUUUUUUUCUGGUUUACAUAUAUUUUUGCCUCAGUUUCUUUUUGUUCUGUAGCGUGUUAUAUGUGUUUAAGGGGGUUGUUUGUAGUGUAGUUGGUAGUAUUAAUGGUAAGUAUGCCCAUAUUGCUUUUCUUCGGUAAUUAAUAUACCACUCGAUGUAGUUUUUUAGUUAACAUGUAGGUAGACUUAUUCCUAAAAUUUUCAUAAUCUAUGAAAUUCAAAUAAUGAAAAACUGUCACAAAGCCGUGAACUACUUGUUUAUGAAAAUUUUCUCUUGGAAAAAACGAAGGAAAAACUUUAAUGAUAAAAAAUUUAUUGAUUGAUUAUUUUCCUUUUUCCUAAAAAAAUUAUACAUACAUAGAUCCCCCUUUCCUUGGCUCUCCCAUAAUAAUCACGGUUUAUGUUUUUCUUGAAGUUUAGAAUUCUUCAACCAGCAUAACUAUCAAAGCAAUUAAUUGUCACCCUAUUUGUUAUUUCUAUAAUUUCUUUUCCGUACACUUAUACCAAUAAUCAACAAAACCAUGUCAUAAAUGAUAUACAUUUGUCAAUAUUAUGAGCCGUCUUUUCUCUAUUAAAGAUUGCUUCAAUUGGUCAUUGACUCAUAAAGAUUAUUUUUGUAAUAAUUAGGCGGAUCCCAAAAGUCUGUUAUGUUCAUGUAUUAAUUUAGCUACUUAUUAACACUGUCCGUGUCAUUUAAAUCAAUGCUCUACUCUACAAUACAUUUCAUAAAGCAGAUGGAAAAUUUUAUGGAUUAUCAUCAGGGAUCUUUAAAACCGAGUUAUCCGCGACAUCACUUAUUUUUAAAAGUUUAAAAUUGUUAGGCAUUUUAAUUUUUCCUGAAACACCGCUCAUUAAACUACUUGUUAAGAGCAAUGAUCCAACUAAUUCUAAUUUUACAUUAAGCUAGAAGAGACUUCUCAUUUACAUAAAGUCUGAGGUCCCACUUUUUCAAUUUAUUUUAAAACCUUGACCUGCAGUCCAAAUAUCUGUUUUGAUCUUUAGAUAUAACUAGAAAUUAAGUAAAGUCGAAUUCUAAAUCCAAUGGAAUUAUUAAAAUAAUUAAUGCGAAUUUUACUACCAUUUAUACCGACACAUCUCCACUAUGUAACUAGUAAUGGUGGAGGUUGCUGCUGGAUCACAAAAUACAGAUCUAUAUUUCGGCAUAAAAUACCCUUUUUAUUUACAUGAUAUACUGGAAAAUCAUUAGCAAUAUUAUAAGACAUACUAUUAUUGACUCCCAUCCAAUUAAAGUUGGGUUAUUGCUUAUGUGGUAAAUUAAUUAAAUCUAAUAAUUAAAGUUUAGUUUUUCUCCGCUUGCCGCAUUGCGUCUGCCCAAUUUGUUUACAUUAUAAUUUAUUUGUGCUGAUACAACAAUAUAACUGGACUCUGUAAAUAAACGCCAAUAAUUCACUAGAAAAUCUGUCGUGUUUUCUCCAAGCAGUGUAUUGAAAAUUAAAUCAUAAUAUUGCAAUAAUAAAUUAUAAGUUGUUAGUGCAAAAAUAUUUCACAAAGUCAGUGUAAAUGGAUAUAUUUUUUUUAAAAUUAUUAUUGUAAAUCUCUGAGUAUAUUUUCAAUUGAUUUGUUUCGUACUCUUCAGUGUCCCCUAGGUGACUUUACUGAUAAGUUCAUGUUCCAUAAAAAAAAAAAAUUGUUUCAUUAAGUCGAUUAACUAAGUAUAUCUCUUUUUGUUAAGAUGCUCAUCUGCUCUGUGUUUAUUGCUUGUUUGUGGUACGAAUGAUAAUGAUCUCUAUUUAUUAAAAGUCGUACAAUUAAAAUAAUUAAAAAAAAAAACCAAUCCCCAAAGUGUUUUGUCUGCCCUAUGUUGGCAGAAUAUACUAUAAAACAAGUCACGGCACAGAUCAAGGACGUGACUAGAGGAUAAACUAAACUAGUUUUUAUUACCAAAAAUAUUUUUAAUCUAGAAGAAAAAUUAAGUGUCAAUUUUACAGCCUUCAGAAUUGAAUAAUAUUUUUUUAGCUAAAAGUGUAUUAUUUUUAUGAGUGAAAUAGAAAAUUUAAUUUUCCUAAGUUUAAAGAAAUGUGAGGAGUUUGACGGGGAGGCUCAAUGCCGUUAAGCGGGUGCACGAAUGGGCUGGUGGUGACGGCGCUGGUGACGCUGUUACUGCUGCCGGCACAGUACUAUAUACCAGACCUGUACUUAAGUCCAAAGGAACAUAUUUCGGAAUCGCUAUCAUUGUCUUCGGUCACGGACAGUGAUAACUUCACAGAACCUUGGUUUUCUUUAGAUUUCAAUAUACUCGACCUAUUUCUCACGUUAUCUCUAUUGUCACUAGCCUUUUUUAUUUAUUUAUGCGAUUGGAUACAAAGAAAACUAAUGGAAAGAAGAAUCAUUAAGUUAAAUCAUUACCUAUGUGAAUGUCUGGAGAAGCUGCGAGGAUGGGACGCUCGCCAGGAGAAGUUGGAGACGACGCUGAGGAUGGUUCAGAACGCCACGUCAGAGUAUAACUUACUGUUACUGCUGGUGAUGAGACGACAGCGCCUGGCGCCUGCGCGACCCAGCUCCUGCGACAAGGACCUGGAAGACUUCAACAUGAACUUCGACACCAACCCCGCCCUGUACCGAGCGGCCGCUCUGUAGGGCACUUUAUUAAUUAAUAAACAUAGUUUGUUGA